AUGGAACAAACAAAUCUUGAUAAACCAUGUGGUAAAACAUUAUUAACACUCGGUGUUGCAAAUACGGAACAGAAGGAAAAUUUAAACGAUCAAUCCAGUUCAUUUGAUGAUGAAGCUAAAGCUUUUACUCAAGAUAAGAAAAUAAUUGGCGUUGACAGAAUUGAAACGAAUGUUAUUAUUGAUUUAUCUGUUGAAAAUGAUAUACCUAUACUAUCAAAUAUAAUAAAUGAUCAUGAUUAUGACAUGGCAACAGUAGAUCAAGCAAUAGUAACAAGUCAAGCAUCUGCUAAAUUACGUGAGAAAAAAUAUGGUAGUUAUUUAUCAACAUGGGAACAACAACCAGAAUCGUUCUAUAAAACAUAUACAUUUGAUAUAUUUAAUAAUAGACAUGAAAAAAACAUUUGUUGGUUGUAUAACAAAAAAGAUAAAAAUGGCAAUAAUGGUCUUGGUUGUAAACUUUGUGAGAAGUACCAAAAAAGAACAAAUUCAAAUGGAAAAAUUAAUUUAUGGUGCACAUCAGGUUAUCAAAUAAUGAAAUUAUCAAAAAUAAAGGAACAUAGAGAUAAUGAAGUUCACAAACAAGCUCAACAACUUGAAUUGCAAAGAGCAUCUCACUCUCAACCAUCCUGGACAACAACACAAAUGAAAGAACGAACUAAACAUGAGAUUGCAAUACAAAAUUUGAUUUUAUCAGCAGUUUAUAUUUGCCAACAAGAUCAAUCAAUUAACUCAUUCGAGAAAUUAUGUACGUUAAUUGAAGCUCUUGGUGUUAAAUUGUUGCCAGCAGAUUUAGGUGGUGUUACUUAUCGAAAUGAUAAGGCAGCAUUAGAAUUUUUACGUCAUGUGGCUUCUUAUUUACAUGAAGAAAUUCUUGAAAAAGUAAAACAAAGUCAAGCCAUAGGUAAGAAAAAAUUUAAAACAUAA